AUGAGUUCCUCUAGCCUAAUUCGUCCGGGUCUUACCACGGCCAUCCUUGGCCAACUACCGGCCAUCAAGCUACGUUUAAGGAAGAAGGUUCCUCUGUUGACCUUCCGCGAAGUCCGCCGUGCCCGAAUCCCCCUGUACGAGGCCUUCGCCAGCGAGCUGUACGAGUCUGGCCACGUCAACGGAGCCUUCCUGAUGCUCCAGCUGAUCGAAUUCGAGCACGAUCACGUGCCUCGAACCUCCCAGCAAACGAUCGAGGAUCGACGACUGAAGAAUUCUAAAAAUCUACUCAAUUUCCUGUUCAAAGCGCUACGCGAAGCAGAAAGCUAUAAAAUCGCCCAGAACUACGAGGCCGAGGUGGAGCAACUGUUGAUGAUCGCACGGUCGUUUCUGGACGAUUCCCAGAAACGCUGGAUUUCCCGGCAAUUCUUCCUAAUCGUUUUGGAUCGCUGUGCGGACUGCCGACUGUGCGAGCUGCAGAUCGGGGCGUUGAUGAGAUAUCACUACGGGAUGUUCCUGGUGGAGGAGAAGAAGCUGGACGAAGCGAUCGAACAGCUGGAGUUGGCAAGGGAUCUGUCCGCUGGUCAGGUUUGGAAGCUUGAGAAAGAUCAGGACUUUGGAUCUCCGCUGAUGAUCAACGAAAUUCAGCAUCAACUUUAUCUGGUUUACUCAAAGAUGUGCGAACGCUUCAAGAAAACUGAUCCCGAUCGUUACGAGUUGUACCUCCGGUUGAGUCACAAGGCAGCCAUUGAAUCCAAUCUCGAACAUGUCGCGUGCGAUUCGUACUUGAACUUUGGGGACUUUUUGCUGGACCAGGGGGAAUACCGGGACGCGCUGGAGUGCUACAAAAACUCCUUCAAGCGCGCCAAGAGUACGUACGCGGAGGAUAAGGUUUGCAAAACCCACAUCCGGAUGGCCGCUGCGUAUCGGAGAUUAAACGAACUCACCGAGUGCAACUUCAUGCUGAACCUGGUGGACAAACUGUCCGCCAAGGACCACCACACCGAGUGCUAUGCCGAGUACCAGGUCCUGAUCGGGGAGAUCCACUUCGAGAACGGUCGCCUGGACGAAGCCCGCCAGGCCUUUCACCGAGCCCGCGAGGUCUACAAGGUGCUCAAAAAGGAAGACCGCAUGGUGCAGGCGUGCAUCUUCGGGGCGUUGGCCCACGGUGAAACGCACUUUGGCCUGUACGCGAACCUAGUCAAGAAGGCCGAAGUUCGCGGACUGGUGUCGGACAACGAGAACCUCUUCAAGCUGCUCCGCUUUAACGUCGACAACGACCCAUUCUGGAGAGAAGACACCUGCCCGUUACGAAGCCAGCAACGCCUGCUGGUCGUCCAUCCACAUCCGGCACGGAAGCCGAAGCCGAAGACGGCCCGAAGGCCGCAGUACGAAGCUGCGUCCGGCGACGAAGACCGGAGAUCGCAGCUGGGGAACAACCGCCAUCGCCGAAGCCAGCAAGCCAAGAACCCCCAACCGUGGGACGGAACGAAGCCGCAGAGUGGUAGCGCCGAAGCUCCUCUGCCGGCGAACAUCCGGCGAGAUCCAGCUGAGCUGCAUGCGGGACCAGAAACGACAGCACUUUUACUCAAGAAGCGAAUGCGGCUGGGGUCGGAAUUGUUUGACGACGGCAGGAACACCGAGUACGUCAUGAUGGAGUAUGGUGCCGCCGGAUCGAGUCUAAAGAUAAGACUCCCGCGAUCUAGUCUAGUUCCAGCCGGUGGCGGUGUUUGUCCGCAGCGGGCGAAAAAAAUUCACCGCGGAAAGUGA